GCAUCCUUUGAGUAUUGCUAAUGCAUGACCCGGGGCAUAGGGCCUGGCUAGCUCUGGUUGGCACUCAGUUUGCUUUGACUGGCCUUGAACGAAUUACACGUGGAUGGGUAACAUAUUAAGCGUAGUAUAAAAAGCUAGCAGCACCAUUCUUUGCAGCCAUCUACAUUCACCUAUAAGCUUCUCUUGAUUGCCGCUUUUCCACGACUCCCUGCGCCGAUCUCCUUCAACAAGGAAUCAUAUAACAGGGCGGGCCCGCAGGGCCCAACCAAUAUGUUUUACUACUUGACCCUUAGCAAGUCCCUAGACAUCCACCCAAAGCAUUUCGGGCCCAAGCUGCGUGAGGUCAUCCGGGAGAAGCUUAUCGCGGAGACUGAGGGCACCUGCACCGGCAAGUACGGCUAUGUGGUGGCGGUGACCAAAGUGGACGACAUCGGGCGGGGUCGUAUCCGCCAGGACCAAUCAGGUUUCGCCACGUUCGAAGUGACGUACGGAUGCAUCGUAUGCCGCCCGUACAAGGGAGAAGUCUUAGAUGCGGUUGUCACCAACGUCAACAAGAUGGGAUUCUUCGCGCAGGCGGGGCCGCUGCAGCUCUUCGUCACACAGCAUCUGAUCCCCGAGGAGUUUGAGUUCGACUCCGCUGACGACAACAGCUGGGUGUCCUCCGACUCCAUCACACGCAUCCAGGGGGGGACGCACGUGCGGGUGCGCAUCGUGGGAAUCAAGUACGACCCAACGGAGGUGUUCUGUAUCGCCACCAUGAAGGAGGACUACCUGGGUGUGAUUGGCAGCGACUUCGCGUGAGGCAGGGGCGCAGGGGGGGUAAAGAGGAAACAACUAACUGACUGAGGGAUAAGGCGUCAACAUGGGUUGCAAAGGGGGGGGGCUGGCGGGCACAUGGGCUGACGGCUUGGCACAUGGCCACAUGGGCUGACGGCUGGUGAAGCAGCUUGCGUGAGGCAGGGGAGCAAGGGGGAGGGCUGCAAAGCGCCGUGGGGACGUGAAGGCGGCUGUGCUCCUGACAAGCAAGGGCUUGCGUGGCGCAGGCAGGAGCCAGGGGGGCAGAUGCGGUGGGUGGCAGCUGUGGAGCCGGAUUGGACGCAGCAGCCGCAGUGGGUGCACAGCACAGUUGCUCCGCAUGCUUGCUUGAUUGGCUGUUGAUUUGGUGUGGUGGUGGUGGUGGUGGUGGUGGCUUAGCGUGGCCUGCAAGCACCCACCUUCAGGUGGGAGACCGGGGGUAUUACAGAAGAGGUGAUGGACUUACACCGUUACACGGGCGGUCUAAUGGCCUAAUGGGGUGGGGGUAGAGAGGAGGAGGAGUCGGGUAUGGUCCCCCAUGUAUUUGCAUGUGUGUAGCCAUGAGGUGGUGUCAUUCCACGUCAGGGUCCAAGCCGAUAUCACUCACGCACCACAACUAAAUGCCACGAUGGCGGGGGUGGCCCACUGGGAAGACAGCGAUACGUGCCCCACCACCACCACCAUCGUCAUCACCAUCAUCAUCACCACCACCACCACCAUCAUCAUCACCACCGUAGCUCGCAGCUAUAUACCGUGUUGUGUCAAUGGUAGCGGUCCCUGCUACUCCGGAUACGCAAGAAAGACAACCGCCACCCUAUCGUACAGUGCGCUGGAUAACCAUAAACGGUGCACCAGCAGCAGCGUUACAAGGGGGCGUAUGUGCAUCACUCCCGCUGUGUUCCCCCGCCGCCAUACUCCAACCCGCCUACACAAAACAUAACCGGGAUCAGUGCGACUCUCGUCUCUCUCCCUCCAGUCACGCACACCAGAGGAUGCAUCAUCAUCAACGCCACCUCCGACGUCGCCACGCACGCUCUCCCUCCUGACCCCUCCUUCUCCAC